AUUAAACACGAAACUUUUCUACUCUUUAUGCUUCCGCUGGCGUUGAUCUUUUACUCUUUUCCUACCACUUUUCCGCUCACCUUCCACUGUAUUAUAAAAUGAGCCAGAUUUAGUGCAGGUGCUGAAUCCGCUGGACGCGGUGUGCAACAUGCCCCGACCGGACGCUAUAUGUGUGAGCAAUCUGCGUAGUGCAAGCCGAGUGGAUAAGGCCGUCCUCACCGAGCGGCCAGAUGUGAAGAUUUUCCUACCGUUCCGAUUCUACUUCUACCGGGUGGAGGAACUGUUCGCGCCCAACACGUACAACAAAUUCCUAGUUGUUCCGGGAGGCGAUCAUCUAAUAUCACUGAUCGAUGAAAUUUCCUACGUGUCACCACCAUCUCCGAUGCUUUCCCAGAUCGAAGACAUCCCACCAGAACAGUUCUGCAACGGCGAUAACAGACCUCCAGAUUGCGGUCAGAACUGCAUGUGCACCCACACGAUUGACAUCCCGCUGAAUGCGAUCGUAGAAAUUGUCCUUGUAGAUGAAGUCCAACAAGACAAUCUAAGCCAUCCGUUCCAUCUGCACGGUCACUAUUUCAACGUAAUCGGUAUGGGCCGAUCGCCCGACACCACCGUGAAAAAGAUCAAUCUGCGCCAUGCUCUCGAUCUCGAUCGACGUGGUCUACUGAAUCGGCAGUUCAAUCUUCCCCCGCUGAAGGACACCAUCGCUGUCCCGAACAACGGCUACGUCGUGCUGCGGUUUAGAGCCAACAAUCCAGGCUAUUGGUUGUUCCAUUGUCACUUCCAGUUCCACAUCGUGAUCGGCAUGAAUCUGGUCAUCCACAUCGGCACGCAGGCCGAUCUACCUCCAGUGCCACCAAACUUCCCACGAUGCGGAAACCACAUACCUCCCAUUCGGUUCAACUGAAAUCGAUCGCCAAGCGGGCGGUCGGCGCCAACUAGAAUGUGAAGGAAGAAAAAUUAGGACACUUCUGUAGAGCUAUUAUUUACAUAGUUUGAAACUUCCGUGAAGAAGCAGAACCUUCCGUGCAAGUGUGCUGAUACGUAAGCGCUUCUUAGUCGUAAUGUAGUGAAUUUUGUAACUGUUUUACUUCCGUUCGCUUGCUACAACUAGUUAUUGAUCAUUUAAUUAUCUGCUGUAAACUGUUAAUAUCUUUUGUAGACUAUUUUUAUAUGUUUAAUUAGGUUAUAUACAUCCAGUCCAGUUAAUGCAGUCAAUCAAUUAACAUUUUCUUUUAUUAUUUGUUACCUAUAAUGAUGUUUUUAUUAAUCGCAAUACUUCAUAACUUUCUGUUUAUUUCGAACGAUUUAAAUUCAAAACAGCACAUGAUCUUGAAAAAGUAACAUAGUUUAGCUUACUGAAAAUGUCAUGAGAUACGAAAAAACUUCUAUCGAAAACAUAAAUAUAUAUUUAUGUAAAAAAUUACAAAACAAGAAUUAGGUAAUUUACAAAAAUCGCAUGAUUGAGAAUAAGAUACUUAAAGAGUUCCAAAUUUAUUUACACAAAGAUUACGUAUCAUCAAAUUUCACUAAAGCUAAUAUUACACUUUUCAUAUGCAUCAUCCAGUAUCACUAAGCAAGACAAGACGCUCAUUUAUCUCAUCUUAUUUAAUCUUAUCGUAUUUGAAUAAUAUUUGAAGUAUCUGAAUGGCGUAUGAAUUGUAGCAAAAUAUUGUCGAGCACAACACCGAAAGCACAGAAGUCAAGCCAUUAAAAUGAAAUUUUAUAGACUAAUACACCAAUUACACACACUAGCUUUUUGUGGCCAAAAAUCAACCUGAGAGGCUGGUGGGUUCACCUUUGUCAAAUAGAUUAUUCAAUUUUUUUUCGAUCGAGGAACAGCUCAUAACGCUUGAUUAACGCAAAGGGAUUAGAAUAACAAGAAGACGACAUAUCUUGGGCCCUAUUCUCACAGUCACGUCACCUAGUGACUAGAAGGAAAUUUUGUUCUAGUCACUAGGUGACGUGACUGUGAGAAUAUGGCCCCUUGUUAGGAAUUCCAAUGUAACUGUCCGAACGAACAUGAAUCCUGUUAAACGGGGAUAUUUUGAGCAACUUUAUCGGCGAUAUUCUAUUCCACUAAGCUCCAAAAAAAUUUCAUGAAUCAUAAAUUUUGAUUUCAAAACAAUACAUUUCCGUUAAAAACAAGACAGACUGGAAUUCCAAGUCAUGAUUUGAUGAUUUAGGCCAUUUUACUGUAAAAUUAAGCUCUAUCGAUGUUUGUAAUAAAAGAAUAAAUUAUUUAUCACUUAAUGACCCUGCUGGGUCAUUAAAUGGAGAAUAAAAUUCCUGUUUUCUUGCAUAAAUCGAUAGAGCACAGAAAAAGGGGUCAAGGUAAUUGAAUGGAAGGUGUAAUUAAUUCAAUUUCAUAAAAUAAUGUGGUUUUUGUUUGAAUCGAAAUUGAGUCGGGUUCAAACCCCAACUGCUGUCAGAAUGUAUGAACUGACAGUGGUUAGAACGUGACUCAGUUUUGGGGUCAAGCAAAAACGGCAUAAUUUUCAUUUAUCGUUUCAUGUACAAAUAAGUCAAAAACCUAGUAACGCAAACUGCAUCGGAAAAAACGAAAAACAACAUAUGGUUUAAUGACCCAAAUUAGAUAGCGUCUCCUUAUUAUUCGAAUCUCCCUAAUCCAGAGUAUCAUGUAAUAAACUACAUUGUUCAUUCAUCAAGAAAGACUCUCAUACCAGUUGAUAAAUCUUUCACCAUCGAAAGCGGGUCAAACCAAAAUUAUUCCUUCCAAAAUUGUAUACAUAGAGCUCACGUCGAUGGGCUUUCUCAUAGCCUAUAUGUAUAAAGAAGUACGUGUAGAUAUUUGAAUAUCCUACCACAAGACACGUGGGAUCAGAGGACAGAUUGCGUCAUGUGUACCGCCCACAUGGGAACAAAGAACGGAAACGGAUUCUGUACCACCCACAAACGUGAUUAGAAUAAUGGUGAGAAACUUGCACCUGUCGCAAGUUAAUUGAAAGAUGAACCGAUAGAUAUGAAUACAAGUUGUAGAAGAUAUUAAAUUGAAAAUUAAAUGGGAUCUAUCAUGAUAGAUUAUGCUGACAGCAGAUAUAGCUUCGGUAGGUAGAAUUAAUUAACAUACCAACACGGCACUGUAUGCAAAAAGAACAGCAAAACUCAGAUCAGAAGAAAACCAAUCCAAAUGAAUUUCGGCACAUUCGGGAGAGAGUGUGUAUGUUUCGAAAUUAAUUGUGAUAAGAUUGUUCUCUAAAGCAAUCCCAUCUGACUUUCGUGUUUGUAUUUAAAUACCUGAUGGAUUGUGGAAAAAUGUGUACGCGUGGAAAACAAUAAAAAUCUUUUUGAGACGAUAGUAGUUUAA